UUUCUUAUUAGACUAUUCCUAAUGGUCACAACAUCCCACGAGCCUCAAGCACUUGCUUUUAUCUUCUUCUCUGCAGCUCCAUUCUCCAAUUAUUUCCCCUUCAUAUCAACUCUUCGUCUCUGUCUCUUUGUUUUUCUCUCAACUCUUUCUCAUUUAACCCAUCAAUUCUCUCUUACCUCAAUCAACAAUUUCUAAAACAAAUCUACUUCCUCAAAAAACCCAGAAGUUGUUUAGUUCUUAAACUUAGAAUUAUAUAUCAGUAAUGGCUCUAGAAACGUGGUUAAUUAAGGUGAAAAAAUCGAUAGCCCAUAGCUUGGAUUCAGUAAGAGCCAGUGCGCCACGUGCAAAACCGGCAGUGAUCAAGAAAUCCAGCGUUGGAGUUUUAGCAUUUGAGAUCUCUGGCCUUAUGUCAAAACUCCUCCAUUUAUGGCAAUUUUUGUCAGACAAAAAUAUGAUCCGAAUUCGCAAUGAGUCAAUCUGCCUAGAAGGUGUUCGUAAAAUUGUCUCAAAUGAUGACGCCUUUCUUCUCGGCCUUGCCUGUGCAGAGAUUGUGGAGAAUCUGAGGCUGCUUGCAAAAUCUUUGUCAAGAAUCAGCAAAAGAUGUGAAGAUUCCCAUCUCAGAAACUUUGAUCGCUACUUCAGUGAAUUUGCCAACACGGGUCGUGAUCCUUACAAUUGGGUUCUAAGCUUGAAAGAUAUGGAAUCAAAAAUCAAGAAAAUGGAUCAGUACGUUACCACCACUGCCCUGCUCCAUCGACAAAUGGACGAGCUUUCAGUACUUGAGAAUAGUUUAAAGAAAGCUUCGAAUUCCCAUUUCAAAGAUUCUGAUAUUUCAUCAAUCAAAGAACAGAAAAUAAUUGAGCUGCGACAGAAGUUUCUGUGGCAGAAACAAGAAGUUAAGUAUCUAAAAGAGAGAUCUUUAUGGUGUCGUAGCUUUGAUACAGUUACAUCAUUACUUGCUCGAUCCAUUUUCACUACUUUAGCAAAGAUCAAGCUUGUUUUUGGUAUCAAUCACGGAUAUCCAAAUUCUCUGCCACGUAGUCUAUCUGCUUCAGCCACUGUUUAUCCUUCAGAAAACCAUAACACAUGCAAUUUUGUCUCUGGUCCAUUGGUAAAGCCCCCUGUAUUUAAUGAGUUUUUCGAGUCAAAUACCAAGAUGCUUAAACCACCUUCUAGUACUUUAGGUGCAGCUGCACUUGCUUUACAUUAUGCUAAUUUGAUCAUUGUUAUGGAAAAGAUGAUAAGAUCACCACAACUAGUUGGUGUUGAUGCUAGAGAUGAUUUAUACUCCAUGUUGCCAAAUAGUAUAAGAUCAUCAUUAAGAUCAAGACUAAAAGGAGUCGGCUUUUCGGCUAGUGAUCCAGUUCUUGCUGGAGAAUGGAAAGAUGCACUGCAGAAGAUUUUAGGGUGGUUGUCACCUUUGGCACAUAAUAUGAUCAAAUGGCAAAGUGAAAGGAGCUUUGAACAACAAAAUUUAAUUCCAAAAACUAAUGUUCUCCUGCUGCAGACUUUGUAUUUUGCAAACCAGGACAAGACUGAAGCUGCCAUAACAGAGCUGUUAGUUGGACUCAACUAUAUUUGGAGGUUUGAAAGGGAAAUGAAUGCUAAGGCCUUGUUUGAGUGUACCAACUUCAACAACUUCUUGACUUUGAAGCGUUCAAGUAAUUAAACAUAGGAAUGUCUAUUUCUGCCUUCCAAUUUUUCUCUUCUUCUCAAGUGAAUUUUCUUUUUGUUUCUUUAAUUACAUAGAUAUCAUUUGAAGGAUUGUUAGAUGGAAACUCCUUUAAAGAUCUGUGAGGGUAUGUUUUGUUUUAACCCAAAAUCUGUAUAUUGUAUCAUAUCAGUUGUAGACUAUAUAAGAUUUGAGUCAAAAUUUUCAACCCAUCAA